AUGUCUCUACCAAGAACGAUUAGCAAUCUACGCAAAGCCGGUUUCAAGCAAUGGUGGAGGGAUUUGCAGUAUAUCGGUGAUCCAAAAUACGGUAGAUUGGUGGGAACAGAUUCAUUCGGUAAUAAAUAUUUUGAAAACCUAGAGGAACAGCCCGGUCGUCAUAGAUGGAUCGAUUAUGCUGCACAUGACUACAAUACAGUACAAGUUGAACCACAAUGGCAUUCAUGGCUUCAUCAUAUCCGACAAGAUCCACCAAAUGUCGACCCAAUCGUUCAAGCCGCACAUAAGACCUGGGAAAUUCAACAUACAGACAGCACAACAGGAUCGAGGGCAUCUUUCCGUACAUACAAUACAACGAGACAAAAGAUUAACCCCUGGGAGCCCACAGUAGCAGCACGUAAAUGAUUC